UAGCCCAGGUCACAUGCUCCAAUGUUAGCUACUUGGCUGAGUUGAUCCGUAGAGCCGCGGUGAGGCUUUUAUCACGAAUUGCGGACGACACCGCGCGUCGGAGAAGAAAUUCACGUCGAUCUAUUUGGAUUAUUUAUCAUUAACAGAUAUAUAUAUCUGUGAAGUGCCUCCUCCUCGGACUGUACAAUAUGAUUUCCCCAUGGGACCGAUGGCAUUCCACCAGAUGCUGCCUGUGCUGUCAUGUCCGCACAGGCACUGUUAUCCUGGGGGUUUGGUAUAUGCUGAUCAAUGCGGUGGUGUUGCUCAUCCUCGUCACGGCCCUGGGUGAUCCUGACCAGUACCAUCUGACCAGCGCUGAGCUGGCUAACGACUUAGAUGACAUGGAUGACGCCAACAUGUGUAUUGCUUCAGCGGUCUCGUUGCUGAUGAUACUAAUUUCUGGGAUGGCGACCUACGGUGCGUAUAAGCAACAUGCUGCUUGGAUCAUCCCAUUCUUCUGCUACCAAGUCUUUGACUGUGCACUGAACACCCUGGUGGCUGUUAGUAUUGUGGUCUACCCCAACACCAUACAAGAUUACCUCCAACAGCUGCCUGAGAACUUCCCCUACAAAGAGGACAUCAUGGCCAUGAGCAAUGUGUGCCUGGUCUUCAUCGUGCUCCUCUUCAUCGGAUGCAUCCUCACCUUCAAGGCAUACCUGAUAGCGUGUGUGUGGAACUGCUACCGGUAUGUGCGUGCAAGAAGCACCACAGAAGUCCUGAUAUACGUCACUACUAAUGACACCACGGUACUGUUACCCCCAUACGAUGACACCAUGGCUAUUCCAUCAUCCAAGAACGCUCCUCCCCCCUAUGGGGCACCCUACAUAGCAUGAAGAACCUGGGCCGUUGUUCUGCUGACGGACUGGACCCCCUUGUUACUACAGCAGCCAGACAUUCCAACCAGACCUGGGCAACAAAUAUGUUUUCUUUCCAAUACAUUAUGCAUUUUAUAGUUGGCAUUUGAUAACUGUCACACUGGGUGUGUAGUGUUCGCAGUAUUUUAAUUUAAAAAAACAAUUUUUGUAAUAAUUUGACCCAGACCCCAAUACUACUGAUUCUUUCCAAAACAUUUAACCUACACACAUUUACUUACCUGUUACUGUGAUACUGUUUAACAUUAUACUGUUUAUUUGGAGUUAUUUAUUUUCACUGAUCUACAGUUGAAACAUUGAGCAGGAAAGAGUUCAAAUAUGAGCGCACUAGUAGUGAGUGUAAGAGCAGAUAUAUUUUUCUUGCUUGUACUAAACUGUACUUCUACAUGCUCUCUACUGUCAGUCCUAGUCCAAAGGCCACCCACCAGAAACGUGUUUCCAUGGUCUAAGUACACACCCUCAGGGGUGUCCCCUCCUAUAUUCCCUUUUCACCCACGACUGCGUGGCCAAACACGACUCAAACACCAUCAUUAAAUUUGCUGACGACACAACAGUGGAAGGCUUGAUCACCGACAACGAUGAGACUGCCCAUAGGGAGGAGGUCAGAGAACUGGCAGUGUGGUGCCAGGACAACCACCUCUCACACAAUGUGAGCAAGAGAAAGGAGCUGAUCGUGGACUACAGCAAAACGUGGGCCAAAGAGGCCCCCAUUACCACAGACGGGGCUGUAGUGGAGCGGGUCGAGAGUUUCAAGUUCCUUGGUGUCCACAUCACCAACGAACUAUCAUGGUCCAAACACACCAAGACAGUUGUGAAGAGGGCACGACAAAACCUUUUUCCCCUCAGGAGACUGAAAAGAUUUGUCAUAGGCCCCCAGAUCCUCAAAAGAUUCUACAGCUGCACCAUCGAGAGGAUCCUGACCGGUUGCAUCACCGCCUGGUAUGGCAACUGCUCAGCAUCUGACCGUAAGGCGCUACAGAGGGUAGUGCGAACGGCCCAGAACAUCACUGGGGCCAAGCUUCCUGCCAUCCAGGACCUAUAUAAUAGGCAGUGUCAGAGGAAAGCCCAUAAAAUUGUCAGUGACCACAGUCUCCCAAGUUAUAGACUGUCUUCUCUGCCACCGAACAGCAAGAGGUACCGGAGCGCCAAGUCUAGGACCAAAAGGCUCCUCAACAGCUUCUACCCCCAAACCAUUAGACUGCUGAACAAUUUACAUUGACCCCCCCCCCGUACACUGUACACUCGCUGUUUGUUUGUUACCUAAGCAUAGUCAUUUUGCCCCCACCUACAUGUACAGAUUACCUCAACUAACCUGAACCCCUGCACACUGACUCGGUACCGGUGCCCUUGUAUAUAGCCUUGUUAUUGUUAUUCUUAUUGUGUCACUUUUUAUUAUAACUUUUGAUUUUAGCCUACUUGAUAAAUAUUUAAUUCUUCAUGAACUGCACUGUUGCUUAGUAAGUAAGAAUUUCAUGGUAAAGUCUAGACCUACACAAAUCAAAUCAGGCACUGCAACCCCCCCAAAUGUUUUUUAUUAUUAUUAUUAUUGCCCAUGAUUUAGGCUGGUCCCAGAGCUGUAUGUGCGUUUUCAUGACGAUUACAGUCAGAGGACUUGGCUAAAGCACACAGAUCUGAAAACAGGCGAAUGAGAAUUGUAUCCUCGACUCAAAAUAUUUAUUUGUUCUGCCCAUGAUCACUGUUCGUUUUUGGAUUGCCUUUACAAACAACAUCCUUUCUGAUAGGGUGCACUGAGAGAAUGUAUGAAGUGUUGCUAUGCGCGGAAGGAUUCCAAAGAUUUAAAGCACCUGCCUGUAAUCUAACAGAGGAUCGAAGAGCAGAAGUCAUAUCACCAAGUUACUCGUACGUUAUAGUUUAGUGUGUGUAUAGAAAACUGUCAUUAUCCUGAAUUAUUACAACAGGACUGUUGAGAUUUCUUUAUUUUUAAGGUUGAGUUAUAUGACUUGUACAUUUGAUCUUAUAUCUGUGUUUCGAAUAAAGGAAAAACUGUU